AUGAAGGAAGACUUACUCAAAAUAUGUCAAAAGACUUACAACGGAGAUGUGCCCGACAUCUGGAGAAAAGGUGGAAUAGUGCCUUUACUCAAAAAAGAAUCAGACCACAAACUGCGAAGUAACCAGAAUGGUUUCAGACCAAAUAGAUCAACUGUCUCACAAAUACUGACACUGCUGGAAGUUGUAAAAGCGAAGAACUUAAAAGCUGUGCUGACUUUCGUAGACUUUAAAAAGGCUUUUGACUCCAUUCACUGUGGGAAGGUCAUGUUAAUUAUUUCUGCAUACGGCAUACCUGGCACCAUAGUAUCUGCCAUAAAUGCCCUUUAUGUGAACACAGAAGCCCAAGUCCUCUCUCCUGAUGGCGACACAGAAUUAAAAAAAAAAAAAGCUGGUGUCCUUCAAGGUGAUACUUUGGCACCGUAUCUUUUCAUAGUAGCCUUGGACUACGCAUGA